CAUUAAAAAUCAAAUGGAAUAUAAUGAAUGAAUGGUGGAAUGAUGGAGCACCAAGAUAUUAUGGUCGUCAUAAUGUUUUAGCUUCUGGUUGGAAUUAUGUUCCGAUUCCUAAUCCUGAACAACAGAAACAACAACAACAAAUAUACCGAACCGAUCUUACUAUACCGCCACCCUAUUAUUCGGCUAAAAUGAUGGCCAAUCUUAAUCGACAACAACAACCACGACCAAUACAGAAUUUAAAUUCUAAACCAGAAAUUAUUGUAACAAAAGAUUCAACAGUUACAACAACAACAACCGAAACAAUUGAAUCAAUUGAUGAACGUGAUUCACAGCUAUAUACAAUGGAAGAAAUGAAUGAAAAUCUUGAAGAUCAAUUAAUUAAUCAUCAAAAUGGUCGUCCAUUAUCGAUUGAUAUGCCAAGUUUAAUAUCAAUGGAAAUAUUGGAAUCACAUGGUCAUGGUCGUAUUCAAACUAAAUCUGAUCAACAGCCACAGCAGAAUGUUGAUCAAGUUUUACAAAAUGUUAAUGAAAUGAAUCGUAUAUUGAAUGAUACGGAAAAAUAUUUUAUUGAUCAGAUAUCGAUUGAUAAUCAAUCAAAAUCAAAAUCAAAAUCAAUGGAAAUGAAUGAAAAAAGUAAAAUUUCCAAUCAAGAAACAAAUAAUAAUGCUGAUAUGCUUUUACCAAAAUUAUUGGAAGCAGAAACUAAUCUAUUGGAUGUAAUGAAAUCAUUAGAUUCAAUUAGUGAUAUUAUGAAUGAUGAUUUAACAAUCGAUAAUUAUCAAUCGAUAGAUCUUCAAUCAAUACCACCACCACCAUUACCAUUAUCAAAACAUAAUGAUAAUGAUAAUGUUUUUGAACAACCUGAAGAACCAUCAACACCUUAUAAAGAAUUGAUUGAAAUUUUUAAUCCAUUAAUUUCAACUGAUGAUGAUGAUGAUUAUAUAACUGAUUCAUCAUUAGAUCAACAACAACAACAACAACAACAAAAUAAUAAUAAUAAUAAUUGUUCACAAGAAAGAGUUGUAGCUGAAUUAGAUUUACUUUGUGAUUGUUUAAUGGAAAUGAAAACAAAACAACAACAACAACAACAACAACAACAACAACAACAACAACAACAGAAUAAUAUUUCACCACCGCCACCAUUGUUUGAUGAUAAUAAUGAUGAUGAUGAUGAAGAAACCGAUAGAGCUAUUUCAAUAUCAAGAUCACCAUCAAAAACACCAACAAUUAUUAUUAAUGAUAAUGAUGAUGAUGAUGAUGAUUUUAUUAUAGCAAAUCUUGUAAUACCACCACCACCACCACUUCUACAAACAUCAUCAUUA